AUGGCCUGUGAACUUACUAGGAAAAGUUGUGCGGCACUGGCCCAAGCACUUCAGUCCACCUCUACUAGCCUGAAACAUUUAGAUUUAAGUUUAAAUGACCUUCAGGAUUCAGGAGUGGAACUGCUCUGUGUUGGUCUAAAGAGUCCUUCCUGCAAGCUUGAGACAUUGAGUCUAUCAGACUGUAAAAUUACAGCCUAUGGAUGUUCUGCAUUGUCAGCUGCUUUAAAGUCAAACCCAUCACACAUGAGAGAGUUGGACCUCAGCAUUAACAACCUCUCAGACUCAGGAUUAAAGCAUCUGCUCCCUGUGUUUGAAGACACACGUUUGCAUCUUGAGAGAUUAUGGCUGAAUAACUGCAAUCUCACACAUGAAAGCUGUCGGAUGAUGGGUUAUGUAAAUAAACCAGAACACUCAGGUCUGAGAGAGCUGAACAUCAGUGCUAAUGCAAUACUGGACUCAGGCUUGAAGCAGCUUUCAGUGGCACUUUGCCAACUUCUGUCAGGACUGCAGUCAUUGAGUGUAACAUACUGUGGGAUUACAGCAGAUGGGUGUGCUGUUCUGGCAUCAGCUCUCAGCUCUAACCAGUCACAGUUAAAAACACUGGAUCUCAGAGGAAAUAAUCUGACGGAUUCAGGAGUGAAGUCACUCUCAGAUCUACUGGAGGAUCCACAAAGUAAAUUAGAAGAACUUGAAUUCAUGGAUGGAAUAAUAUCCAAAAAUCAGGCAGCUAUUGAUGAUUCCCACAAACAGACAGCUCUACCUGAACAUUCAACAAAAUCAACAGAACAAACAACAAAAGACAUGUGCGUAUGCUUUUAAAAAAAACGUGACUGUUAUUACUACAUUUAGUGUGAGUCGGACAAUUUUGCUCACUGCUGUGUUACACCAGUCCAGAAAAAGCAGACCUAAAAUAAAGUUUUAUAUUAGAUCACUAGUUAAAGUGUGACAUCUGCAGUGACUGUGUGGGGACAUGUUCAGUUCACCUCAUUUCAUCGUGGCCAUGACAUAUUAACUAAAAUGUUUAAUAAAAUGUUGUGGCCACAAGAUCCUAUUGAGGGAACAGCAUCCAUUUCUCGUGGGCACGAGUUUAAUAAAUGUAAACAUCUUAAAACAAUAUUUUAUUUUGAAUGAAGAAAUUAUAAUAUUAAUUAUUAUAUAAAUUAUUACAUUAUCCUAUUAUUAUAUCAGCCAUAGGCCAAGGUGCCCAGACUGUAUUGCGCGCGAUGUAGACAGCAUUCAAAUGAAGUCUAUCAUGAAUAAAUGUUACAUAAAGCACAUCAAAUAAAAUAGACCUAAAUAAAACAUUUUAUCCAUUAGCUUAAGUCCUUUAACUGAUUGUCUUUUUCUGUAAUAUUUGUAUAUUAUUCUUUAUAUUGUUUAUAUUUGUUUAUGUUGGCUGUUAUGUAUUUCCCCUUUAUUUCGAUCUCUUUACUUAACGUUCUGAACAGUUUUGUAAAUAAUAGCCUACUGUGAAAGCCUGACAUGCCAGUAAAGCUUUGAUUAUGCUGCAUGACUGGAAUUUUUACUGGAAGUGCAGUUUAAAGGUUGAAAUUAACAUAUAUUUAAUUUUAUUUAUAGGCUAUAACAAAAAAUACUAUAGUGUUUCAUUGAAAAAUUUAUUAUUUGUGUAUAAUUUGUAAAUGAAAACACAACACGCUCAUUUAUCGGCACACACGGGUGUAAAUACAAUUGUCAGGCGUUUACAGUAUUUGCAAAAUAACUGG